CCCUCCCCCCGGAGCGGAGCGGAUCGAGCUCGGCGGAGCCGCCCCUGCCCGGAGCCCCCCGUCCUGUCCUGAGCCCCCUGCCCUGCCCGAGCCCCCUGCCCUGCCCGAGCCCCCCUGCCCUGCCCGAGCCCCCCCCGUCCUGUGCGGAGCCCCCCCCCGCCCGGGCCGCAGCCGCCGCCGCUCGGUGAGGAGGCGCCGCGCAGAGCUUGGCCUGGCCGGGCGGGCUCCUCCCUGGGCCGGCCAUGGCCACGUACAAGCCGGUGGUGGUUCAGGCGAUCCCUAAGCUCGGGGAGAAGAUCACGCAGGACACGGUCUAUUGGCGGGGUUACAAGACACCUGUUCAGAUAAAGGAGUUUGGUGCUGUAAACAAAAUUGACUUCUCCCCGGUUCCUCCGUACAACUACGCCGUGACAGCCUCCUCCAGGAUCCACAUUUACGGCCGCUACUCUCAGGAGCCAGUCAAAACGUUUUCUCGCUUCAAGGAUGCAGCUUACUGUGCGACCUACCGGGAGGACGGCAGCCUGCUGGUUGCUGGCAGCGAGGAGGGCAGCAUCCGCCUCUUCGACAUCGGCGGGAAGGCACCGCUGAGGCAGUUUGAUGGUCACACCAAAGCUAUUCAUGCAGUGGGCUUCCUGUCAGAUAAAUACAAUAUAUUUUCUGGUGGUGAUGAUUAUUCAUCAAGUGUCUGGAAUAUUCCAAGGGCUAAAGAGAUAGUCUCAUACAGUGAACAUACGGACUACGUGAGAUGUGGCUGUGCAAGCAAAGUGAAUGCAGAUGUCUUCGUAACAGGUUCCUAUGAUCACACUGUUAAACUGUUUGAUGCACGAAUAAAAAGUAGCGUCAUGACAAUAGAACAUGGCCAGCCUGUGGAGAGUGUGCUUCUCUUCCCUUCUGGUGGGCUUCUGGUAUCUGCAGGAGGUCGAUACGUCAAAGUUUGGGAUGUACUAAAAGGUGGACAGUUACUAGUCUCACUUAAAAAUCACCAUAAAACUGUAACUUGUUUAUGCCUGAACAGCUCUGGACAAAGGUUACUGUCAGGAUCCUUGGACAGGCAUGUGAAGAUUUACAGUACUACAUCCUAUAAAGUAGUCCACAGCUUUAACUAUGCAACAUCCAUCCUCAGUCUUGCACUGUCGCCUGAAGAUGAAACCAUAGUCGUAGGCAUGACCAAUGGAGUACUAAAUGUUAAACACAGAAAACCUGAAGAAAGGAAAGAAGAGUCUCAAAAGAAGAGACAACCAGCAUAUAGAACCUACAUGAAAGGAAGAACUUACAUGCCUAAACAGGAAGAUUUCUGUGUUAGUAAACCAGUAAAACGUGUUUUGAGGAAGUAUGACAAGCUGCUGAAGAGCUUUCAGUCUUCCAAGGCCCUUGAUGCAGUACUGGAGCCACCCAUCCGGCUUUAUACUCCUGAAGUUACAGUUGCAGUCAUGCAGGAACUACAUCGCAGAGGAACACUGAGGAGUGCGCUGGCGGGACGAGAUGAGAAGCAAAUUAAUCUCCUUCUUACCUUUGUAGCAAGGCGUGUGAUUGAACCUAGGUUUACUCCUGUGCUGGUCACUGUUGCAGAUAUGAUCACGGACAUUUAUCAGCCUGUGGUUGGGCAGUCAGCGAUUGUUGAUAGACAAUUCUUGAAACUUCAGGAAGCCAUAGGAAAAGAGAUUGACUAUCAAGAGGAGCUACUAGAAGUUUUGGGAAUGAUGGAUACACUGUUUGCUACUUUUACUAAGAGAAGAGAUACUUACCUAGAAGAGAAAAAAAGUAAUGGCCUUAUGAAGACUGUUAAAACAAAUAAAAAUAACUGAUUGAAAAUCAUCACAAUAAAUUUUAACACAACUAAACUUACAUGAGGACUUGAAAUACAUGAGCUGUUCUCCUGUAACUUCAUAGUAGUGACACUGAAAAUAAGCCCCUCUGUAUUGAAGUUCUGUCUUCCAAAUUGUGUUUUUAGUAGGCUGAAGUACUGAAGAAAGGGAAAGAAGGACGUUACCAAGAUUUUCCAUGGAAUAUUUUUCAAACAAUUGAAUUUUAAAGUUUUAUUCCAAAGUUAUGUAACUUGAAGAGUGCUUUGUGCAUCCUGUACUAAGUACUUUGAUUUAGACAAAUAGCCAACGAUUUUCAGUUUUUAUUUACAAGAAAAAAAGUGAGGUUUGUCUAAUUUUAAUGUGUCAUUGUCCUUAUUUAAGAUUAAUAUUCUGUCUUGCGUACUUGGACAUAGGAAUAAAAUAAUGAAUUCAUUUGAUAAAA